UGUGUAAAUUUGAAGAAGCUCAAGUUCUGCGGCCAUAAGUUAAGGAGCUUGGCCUUAUGUGGUUGCCAUAGUUUGAUAGAUGAUACGCUUGAUGCUUCCAAGUGGUCCAUGCUUAAGACAUUGAUCCUUAUUCAAUACCGAAACUUAAAAAACUUAAGGUUUAUAAUGGAAAACUGAAGAGCUUCUUGUUAUAUGAUUGCGGCAAUCUGGUGGGAUGAUGCUCUAAAACUCGUCUCUUUCAAGUACAUUGGGCAUGGGUUGCAGUUCAGUCUAAUGAACACUUUGUGUUUACUUGAUGCUGAGAUUUGGUUAUACCCAAAAACCAUUGGUACCAUUUGGUUACAUGAAUUGAUUUGUCUUCUGAGAUGGCUUGGUCAUGUUAAGCUUCUCACACUGGUUUCCAACUCUAGCCAGAACAUGAUAAUUCCAAAAGAAACGAGGGAAAAUUUGCAGCCUCCAAGAUAUGAUUUCAAGCAUCUGAAACUGAAAAGAGCAUUCCAGCAGCAGGGAUUUAUGAAGGAUUAUUGAAUAUCUUGCUUCCAAUCUAUCACCUAAAGAGUUUAUCCAUGUCAAUGGGCUUCACCGCCGGGAUCAUGGAGGUAUUAAAGUUCUCUUUCUUGAAUUCUUUUAUUCCCCAACCAACCUAUAUGGAACGCGACAAAGUCAAAUUGUUUCAGGUUAUUUAUUUUAAA